AUGCGCCGGCCUCGUCGCCACCGAUGGCUGGUGGUGUCAGUUUUCUUCAUUGCAUAUUCCGUCUUCCAAGCCGUAUUGGGUAAACCCUCCGAGCCUGGACCUUCUCCAGCUAGUGAUAUAGUUUCGCCACCUGUUACACGCCUGACUACAGAACAGAAAGAAGUGGAACAGAGAGUAACACCAGCAAUUACAAGAAAAGAAGAGGAAAUAAAAGCUACAGAGGGAGGGAAGAAGGCAAUGAAGGGCCUUCACGAAGAAGAAGAUGACGAAGGUGAAAAGAAGAAACAAAAAGAUGCGGGCUAUGUCGACGACAAAGAGACGGUAGAGAUCCGGAAAGAGGAGAUAUUGGAAGAAAUGGAAGAAGCAAUAGCUACUGUACAUCCACUUAGGAAUUGCACUCCUCCCGCAAUUGAGCAGUUCCCGCAUCCGCUCAUGGGUCAGAACGCUCGAAAGCAUGGUGGUUUGAUCCUCCACGUCAUCGUGGCUGUUUUCACUUUCAUCGGUUUAGCCAUUGUAUGUGACGAGUAUUUUGUGAGCAGUCUUGACAGAAUUUGCGAAGAGCUGCAGCUGACACCAGACGUAGCGGGUGCAACCUUUAUGGCUGCGGGUAGUUCCGCACCAGAACUUGCUACCGUCGUCAUAGGAGUAUUUUGCGCGCAAGAUGAUAUUGGUGUGUCGGGUGUCAUUGGCUCAGCGGUAUUUAACAUAAUGUUCGUGAUCUCUGUAUGUGCUUUAUGCGCUGGUACAGUUUCUCAUCUUAACUGGUGGCCACUAUGCCGCGACUGCUUCUUCUACGCCAUCUCAAUCUUGGUGAUGCUGUGCACCAUCGCAAACAAUUAUGUUUCCUGGCCCGAAGCUUUAUUCAUGUUGAUAAUGUAUGCCGUGUACUGCGUGGCUUUGCGGUUCAACACGGCAUUAGAGGCUUGGGUGUUGACUUGGCCAUUGCCUUUCAAACUACCAACGCGGGAAGAACAGGCAGCACUCGUCACAUACAAGAGCGGAGUACCAGCUCCGGUGCCUGGUGGCACUUCACCCUACACCAACGUCGAAGGAGAACAAAAGGAAUCAUCAUCUGAACCAGCCCCGUUUAACCCAAGCGGUGCAUAUGAGAACGCAGCUUAUCACGCUGAGCAGGCUCCCGUUUGGGACCCCAACUCCACUUGGGACAAUGCCUGGGACCAGGAGACAGCAAUGCAACAAAAUCCAUCAAACCAAGGCUGGGGUGCGAUGAACCAACAACAACAGCAGCAACAACAACAGUCUGCACAGACCCCAUCAACACCCGGACAGGAACAACAGCCGCCUCAACAAACACAACAGCCCGCAAUUCCUGCUUAUUAUAAAGCAAAGGAUUACAACCCUGACACAGCCGUGAACCCACUGGUAAAGCCUGAAGGAGCAAAUCCGGUACAACUAGUCUGCUGGUAUGUGGCCUUCCCCGUCCACUGGACAUGCCGACACACGAUGCCCGAUCACCGUGGGCCCUGGUACCCAGUCACCUUUAUCAUCUCCAUGCUGUGGAUCUCUUUCUACUCCUACUUUAUGGUCUGGAUGAUCACUGUUAUUGGGUACACUCUUGGCAUCCCAGAUACAGUAAUGGGACUGACAUUUGUAGCAGCUGGUGUUUCGGUGCCAGAUGCAUUAUCCUCGCUGGCUGUUAUUAAGGAGGGUUAUGGUGAUAUGGCAGUAUCAAACGCAGUUGGGUCCAAUGUUUUUGACAUUUUGGUAUGUCUUGGCUUGCCGUGGUUCAUUCAAACAGCCAUCAUACAACCCGGAAGUCACGUCAAUGUCAUCAGCAAAGGUCUGAUAUAUUCUACACUAUCGCUAUUCUCUACGGUUAUCUUCUUAGUGCUUGCAACACACGCCAAUGGCUGGAAGCUGGAUCGCAAAUUUGGGGCAGUCCUAAUGGUAUGGUACUUACUUUUCAUCACGCUCGCCAGUCUCUACGAGUUGAAUAUCUUUGGAGACUUCCACCCACCAGACUGUCUUUCAACUUAUUAA